GAGUGUAUAAGUUGCAUGUACCAAGAUGAUGAAAAAAAUGCGCACCUAAAGAAAUUGGACAAUGCCUCUACCAAUCUACAACUCUUCAAGGCAGACCUUCUAGAUUAUGGCGCUUUAUCUUCAGCUAUUUCGGGAUGCCAAGGCAUUUUUCAUGUAGCAAGUCCUGCUCCGGCAAGAGACGUAUCAGAUCCAGAGAAGGAAAUUUUGGAUCCUGCUGUAAAGGGAACGUUGAAUGUGUUGAAAGCAUCUAAAGAGGCAGGUGCCAGGCGGGUUGUCCAUGUUUCAUCUAUUUUGGCUAUCUCGAUGCAUCCGAACUGGCCACAAGAUAGAGUCAUGGAUGAGACUUGUUGGUCUGACAAAGAUUUUUGCCUGAAAGAUGAGCAUUGGUAUUGCCUCUCCAAAACGUUGGCAGAAAGCAGUGCUCUCAAAUACGCCCAAAAAAUUGGUCUUGACCUCAUAUCAGUUUGCCCAACCCUGGUCAUAGGUCCAAUGCUCCAACCAGUGGUAAAUGGAAGCAAUCGGGUUUUCAUCCAGUUUUUAAAAGGAGAGAUAGAGAUGAUCCCCAAGAAUUUGCAGACUAUUGUCGAUGUAAGGGAUUGUGCAGAAGCACUCCUAUUGGCAUUUGAGGACCCCAAAGCCUGUGGAAGAUACAUUUGUGUAGGCCAUUCAAUAAAAAAGAAAGAAGUAAUCGACAUUGCAAAGAGAUUGUGUCCCGGCUACAAUUACCUGAAACAGUACAUUGAUCUAUGCGAGGUACCCAUUAACACUGAGAGAAUGUUGCAGUUGGCAUGGAAACCCAGGCCAUUGGAAGAGACACUUGUUGAUGCUAUUAAGCAAUUUCAGGAAGCUGGUCUUCUUGGAGGGACUUAGUUAUUUAUAUACACUUUCAGUGUGUGAUUCAUAUUAUGCUUGCACUUUCUUCUAAAAUAAGCAGAAAUUGUUGAGGAUCGGUGUAUCUGGAUGAAACAAGAAUAAGAAAUGCAUGAUAAGUUCAAUCUUUGAGUGGGUCAAAACAAAAGUUCAAUGUUUGGGUGGGUCACGCAAGUUUUUGUAUAACUAAAGUAUUGCAUGAGAAAAUUGUACACUUGCUCCCUCGUGCAAAAUAACUCGUUUUUCUUUGUCU